UUAAGAACAAGUGAUGAGGAAUUAGAAAAACGCAAUUUCAAAGUAGCCAGAGAUGUUUUGGCAUCAGUGUGGGAGGAUACAAUUAUCAAUGAACCUGUUUUGGAUAUUCAAAAUAAUGAAAGUAGUGAAACUAUGCAGGUAGAUGAAGAAGCAGUAUCAGAAGAUCUGUUAAAAACCUAUCCUCAGCAAGUGCAAGUUCAAGAAAAGUUGAUUGCAGAUAGA